AUGACUUUUUUAGAUAAUGACUUGUUUCUUACGCAACUCGUUAAACUCUUUGAAAAAACAAAACCAACUUCAAAAAAAAAGGUAUACCUUACUAUGAAAAGAUAUACAUGGGAAUCACUUAAAACGAAAAAGGAAAGAAAAGAAACAGAAAAAAGUAAUGCAUCAGAUAAACAAGAGGAAUUACAAAAAGAAGUUGAUGAUAAGGAAUAUUCUUGUUUAGUUAGAGCUGUGUAUGGAAAUUUUAAAAUUAGUACUCUGGUUUCACCAUCCGAUACAGAUAAAUUUAUUACAGGAUAUAGUAAUAUACUCAAAGUACAUAUGGAUUCAAUGAAAAAGAAAGAAAGAAAGAAGGAAAAAUUAAAGGCAAAGAAAAUACAAAAAGUCAAAGCUACAAUAGCCUAA